CCUCAGCGCAGCCAGCCGAACUCUCCCUCUCCCAUCUUCUUCCUCCGUCGGCCGCCGCCUCAUCUUCUUCCUCCGCCAGGCCCGCGCCGCCACCAUCUCGCCCGCCGCCAUCCGCCACACCUCGCCCUCCAGCCUCUCCUCCCACUUCCUUCUAUCUCUAGCUCUGCCGCCAACCGCCAUACACCGCCGCCGUCAUCUUCCUCUCCCUCCAUCGUCUUCCUCCUGCUAGCGACCCAUAAGAAGCGGAAGCAGCAGCCGAAGACGCAUUGCAGCAGCACCGAAGGGAGAAAACGCAUUGCAGCAGAUGGAGUAUUUGAAAAUUAUUGGAAUUUGGCAAACAACAGGGUACAGUAUCAGGCAAAGAGACAUGAAAGCACCAGUAUAAUGUCUUAGGUGAUACUUGACUUAAUAUCAUCGAAUAGCACCCAGGUCACCUGUUGAUUGUAAAUGAUGUUGAUUUGAUUGUAAAUGUUGUUGUUUUGUUUUGUUUUGUUUGAUGUCAAUUUGUUGGUGAUCUCUUAUUUUGUAUUGAAUUGUAGCGUGAUAAGCAAUGGCUGAUAAUGUUGUCGAAAACAAUAAUGAUUGUGUCAUACUUGAGGGAAGCGAGGUUUGGCCUGAUAAAGUAGUGGAGUAUUUGAAAAUUAUUGCACGGGGGAGAAUGCCAAUGGAGUGCAAGGAGGACAAGAACGAGAAGCAUAUAAUCAUAGUUCAAGCCAAACUCGAGCGAUGGAUGUACGACGAGAUGGAAUAGCAGACAAGUUGUGGGAUGACUUUCAAGCUGGACUUAUUUGAAUUUUUAUGUUGUAUUAGUACUUAAUUAAUAUAAGAUGUUGU